CUUGCACAUGACAAGGAUUAUUAGAGGAAAAAAUUUGUCAUCAUCCCGUUAAUGUAUAUGCUAAAGUAUUGUCUGUUCCAAGAUGAUGUUUCCAAGCAGUUUUGUGCCUGAAAACUGGAUGUAGGGUAAACAUAAUUUUUUAAAAUUUAAAAAUCACACUGGAAGUUCUACAAAGCAAGAUGUGACGUGACUAUAUUAAUUAAUCAAACGAGUAAUGGGAAUAGGCAAUGUGUAUAAAGUUUGGCCUUGUAAAUAGUGAAUAAGAAUUCAUUUUAGAAUGAAGGGAGCAUGUGUUUUUUUACUUUAUUUUUUCUUUGAGGUGAUAUGCAUGCUUUAUUAAGAUACCCUGAAUUGAAGGGAGCGAGAACCAUUUCAUGAAGUUCGUGUUCACAGUUAGUUUCCAACUUUCAUGUUUUUUUUGUCAAUGGAGAAUAGUCAUGGAAUCAAGAUUGUGAAUCCAAAUGAUCUUAUAUAUGUAUUUUCCUACGAGAUGCAUAUUUUGAUGUAGCAGAAUUGCCUCUUCGACUUGAUGCAGAUGCCACAAGAGAAAAUUGUGCAAAUACUUGAAAAAGCGGGCUUUUAUUUGGAAGACAGGGACACUGAUAUGAGCCAUGUUGAGAGUUUCUUGUGGCCAUCAUUCUUGAUGAUGUGUAGCGUUCCUACAAUUGGAAAGCAUGCAGAAAAACCCAAUCAAUUGACAAAAAACCCAUCGUUGGAUGAAGAAGAGGAUGGCGGCACACCUAGCGAUAACAACGUCCUGGUCUUAAGAUUAAGGAUAUAUUCGGUGUCUAGCAUCAGCGAAUUCUGCUCUUGGACUUCACGAAACUUAUAAAAAGCACAACUAUGUCUGCUCCCUUCCAACAUUAAAGUAUCAUCGGGAAUGGCUUGGUUUCCAUACUCCCCUGGGAACAGAAUUGCAUAGGCCUCUACAAUUGUCUCUCCAGCUUCUGCCUAUGCCACAAGUAUGUUGCGUAUUUGGGAAUCAGUUUCAGGUAUAGCAGGCAAGACAUCCAACAUAUAAGCAGCCAAAGAAUAAAGAUGGUGUUUGAAGGCCACGGAUUUUGGAGAUGACUAUGAAAUCACCAGAAUGGACAUCAUUUGGGUUAGUCAAUAUUGUUUUAAGGGACGAUGACUGGGUUGAAUGUCUUGAGAUGGUUUCUUUUGUCAGCAAAACCCUUGAGAACCACGAGAGCAUAACUCAGAUCAAAACUGAAUCAAUUGUCGAGCUAUUUGUGGGAUCUGCAGGGAAAUCAACAAGUCCUAAAAUAGAUUUGCGAUGACAGAAGGUUGUGAUGGCGGGGGGUGGUUGCCUUCAACGAGAAGUCCUAGAACAGAUCUGCGAGGAGGGCUUGCGGGUUGUGUUCAAUGACUGUCUUCAACGAGAAGACCUGGAAUAGAUCUAUGACAGCGUAAGGUCUGCGACGGUGGGGGUGGGAGAGUGGCGAUGACAAGAACAUCGGCAGUGGUGCCGAAGAACAGUCGGUCGGUGAACCGCCGCCGGCGUUGGCAACACCGGUAGAUGGCUUAUGACGGUGGAGAGGGCAACUAGGUUGAGGGGUAUAAGGGGAAAUGUCAAUACAAUUUUUAUAACACAUAAAUUUGCGUGGCGGGUCAAACCGGGAAGUUCUUUUUUUGGACAGAGGGAGUAUAAGGCUGGUAAUGGCCAUUAUUGCAGAUUUAUGCUCAUGUACCUUUACGCCCCUACUGUAUCUCUCCGACCUCCUAUUGCACUAAAUACUGCAACUCUUACUAAGUUUUUCUACAAUUGUCCUGAAAAUGCAUUCUAGGUUGCUCUGUUUGGAACAUCAUUUUCAUUGUUGCAGAGAUUUGGUGCUAUAGCACAAAAUGGGGCAAAACUCUUUGCAGUAGGCACCACUUCUUCUAUGGAAACAAAUAGAUUUGGAUUGAGUAAAUCUUGAAGGACGUAUAUAAGAUAAACAAAAGUAAUUUUUUUACCGGUUUUCUUACAAGUUUUACUUUGAAUUAAUUAAAAACAACAAUUGAUUCUUUCUUAACAUAUGAUUACCAUUGUAGAAUUAUCCAUAAUUUUUUUGUAUUACGAGUAUUAUUUUUUUGGACAUAAGUUUUGACGUUUUGUUUGAAGUUCUUUUUUUCAGUUAGAAGUCCUUUGAGGUUGAGGAUUUUGAUAUGUAACGAUCAAGAUAAACCAGAUUGGGAGACUACGAUUGUUGUGUAUAAAGAGGUUUUUAUGAA